CAAACAUCUCACUUUAGAUUAGCAAACAAAUACAACAUCUAUUCAGAACUUACCAUCUUUCACUAUCAGCCCGUCUAUAUGCGCGUGAACUCCAUAUUCUCCAAACUCAAAUCCUUCAUCCUUCACCCGCAAUACCUGCUCUAUUCCACCAUGGCCUGGCGAUGCGGUGGUACGACGAACACCGAGCUGGUCGAGAACCUCUUCAGAAAUAGGAUUGUCCAGACAACCCGUGUGAAAGAGGCUAUGCUCAAGGUUGACCGCGGACAAUACUGUCCCCGCCACACCUCCGCCUACGAAGACAGCCCACAGCCCAUCGGAUGGCGCGCCACAAUCUCCGCACCACACAUGCACGCUUCAGCGCUCGAGUCCCUCUUCCCAUCGACCUGCUCCGCCGUCACGGGCUACCCCGCCGACCGACCCAUGCGCGUCCUCGACGUCGGGUCCGGGUCUGGGUACCUUACUCACGUGAUGGCGGAGCUUGCCGGCGCCGAUGGGAAGGUGGUUGGGAUCGAGCAUAUCAAAGAGCUUGCUGAGUUGGGGAGGAAGAAUAUGGCGAAGAGUGCUGAGGGAGCCACGAUGUUGGAGAGUGGGAAGGUGAGGUUUGUAGUUGGGGAUGGGAGGAAGGGGUGGGUGGAGCCGGAUAUUGGGAAGAAGAAUAUCGGACAGGAUACGUGGGAUGAGAAGGGGUGGGAUGCUAUUCAUGUUGGGGCUGGGGCGGCGCAUCUUCAUGAAGAAUUGGUUGCGCAGCUGAGGCGACCGGGAAGAAUGUUUAUCCCGGUUGAUGACGCUACAACUGGGAUUGGGCAACAUAUUUGGCUCGUGGACAAGGACGUAAAUGGUGUUGUAAAGAAGAAGCAGAUGUAUGGGGUUUCCUAUGUGCCACUCACGGAUCCGAAUUUGCUAUAAUAUAAUCUAAU